AUGUCGUCGGUGCACGGGAAGACAGACUCGGAGGUAACCAGCUUGGCGCCGUCGUCGCCGGCGAGGUCCCCGCGGCGGCCGGUAUACUACGUGCAGAGUCCGUCGCGGGACUCCCACGACGGUGAGAAGACGGUGAACUCCUUCCACUCCACGCCCGUGCUCAGCCCCAUGGGCUCUCCGCCUCACUCCACCUCCUCCCUCGGCAGGCAUUCCUCCUCCACCCGCUUCUCUGGUUCCCUCAAGCCCAAGAUCUCCCCCGCCACCGUCGGCGGCGGAGACCCCCACCGCAAGUCUCGCAAACCCUGGAAAGAGUUCACCGCGAUCGAAGAAGAAGGACUUCUCGAAGGCUACGAAGAUACCUCUCGCGGCAUCCUUCGGCGCCGCUACUACUUCCUCGCUUUCGUUGUUGGCUUCUUCGUUCUUUUCUCCCUCUUCUCCUUGAUUUUGUGGGGUGCAAGCCGAUCUCAGAAACCCGCCAUCACCGUGAAGAGCAUUGCGUUUGACGAAUUCAACAUUCAAGCUGGCAUGGAUUCCACGGGAGUAGCCACGGACAUGGUGUCGAUGAACUCCACAGUGAAGCUCACGUUUCGCAACACUGCCACAUUUUUUGGGGUUCAUGUGACUUCAACGCCUCUGGAUCUCUCCUAUUCUCAACUCACGCUAGCCACCGGAACUAUAAAGAAGUUCUAUCAAUCAAGGAAGAGCCAGAGGUUGAUAACGGUGGCCGUGAAGGGGAGCGUCAUUCCACUGUAUGGAGGAAGUGCGAGCUUGAGCAGUUCAGGGGGGGCGGCGACGGCGCCGGUGCCAAUGACACUGAGCUUCAUGGUUAGGUCCAGAGCGUACGUUCUGGGGAGCCUGGUGAAACCCAAAUUCUACAGAAGGAUUCAGUGCUCGGUGGCUCUGGAUCCUAAAAUGAUGAACAGAGCCAUUUCACUGAAGAAUUCCUGCACUUACACGAUGGACUCUAGGGGAAAUGAUGUGGAUGUCAGGGGAGAUAACCAUGUGGACACAUCCAGUGAGGACAAUGUCGAUGCUUCGACAGUGUUGCACAGUAUAUUGCGGAGGGCUGAACCUGAUUACAACGGAGGAUUGGGUUCAAGAGAUGGAGGAGCUACUGGGUGUGCUAGAAUGCACCGAGGAGCAGAAGGUUCAAUUUGCCACCUUCAAACUAGUGGGGGAGGCAAAGAGGGGUUUGCUAGAGUAUGUGGAGUUGAGACUCAAUUGUUAGAGGUCGAGUUAGGUGUGGUCACACCGAUAGGGUCAGUUAUUGUAUGUAGUAAGGUGGUUAGAGACCACCCAAUAGAGAUUCAGGUGAGGAGGUUGUCUGUUAGACUAAUUGUUCUUGAAAUACAGGGAUUUGAUAUUAUUUUGGGGAUGGAUUGGUUAGCAUUCAGCUAUGUGAGCAUAGAUUGCCAAAAGAAGGAGGUAGUGUUUAGACUUCCUAGACAGCAGGAGUUUAAAAUUGUUGGGUCAUGUGUGUGCGCUGCACCACAGUUCCUCUCAGCGAUGCAGGCAAGAAGGUUACUGGAUAGAUGCCCAGGAUACCUAGUGUGUGUGAAAGCAGUACCAAAGGAGGGGAUGAAGCUGGAGGAUAUUCUAGUGAUACGGGAGUUCCUGGAUCUCGAGGACUUACUAGGAUUGCCUCUAGAUCAUGAGAUGGAUUUCUCUAUUGAGUUAGCACCAAGGACGACACCAAUAUCCAAGGCUCCUUACAAAAUGGCUUCAGUAGAACUAAAGGAGCUAAAGGAACAGCUGAAGAAACUUCUUGAUAAGGGGUUCAUCAGACCAAGCGUAUCACCCUAG